CUCAUCUGGUCCGGCCGGGUCUCCUCUCGCGUCCCCAAAAAAUGGCGCCAAUCCCUCCCCAAUCUCCCGCCCCACCCUCCCACUAUUUCCCCAUCCACCCGCUGCCCUAACCGCGCCGGGGGUCUCUCCCAAACCCUAACCCCCAUGGCCUCGCUGCCCACCAAGCCGCCCCCGCCGCCGCGUCCCAAGACGCGGGGCAGCUACAAUUGCGGCCGAUGCGGCCUUCCCAAGAAGGGACAUGUCUGCAACCUCCCGUCCCCCGCCGACGGGGGGGCGCCCACCCCGUCGCCCUCCUCCUCCGGAGCAGCCAGCGGGGAGAACAGGCUCCGCCGCGCCCUCUCCUUCGACGACGCGGCGACGCCGACCUCGCCGGAGAAGAAGCCCAGGGCGGCGGGGGACGAGGAGGAGGCCGAUGAAGCCGAUGGCCAGAUGGAGGAGGACGAGGAGAGGAUGGAGCUGGGCGGGAGGGCGUGGCCCAGGGAGCUCGUGGCGGACGUGCUCCGGCGGCUGGGGCCCAGGGGCGUCAUGGCCGCUGCGGCGGUCAGCCGCGGCUGGCGCGACUGCGCCGGCCGGGUCUGGCGGGCCACCGAGGAGCUCCGCCUGCGAGCGGUCGGUGUGGGCCUCCUGGGCGCGCUGCUUCCGCGGUGCACCGCCCUCUCGCGCCUCGUGCUCCGCAUGGAAAGUGAUGUUGAUGCUGCUAUGCUCGCAUGUCUUGCAUUUUCUUGCUCAAGUUUAGAAACUCUGGAGAUCACCAUGGCUGACAAGGCAGUCAACAGGAUGACUGGAGAGGAGCUAAGUCGAUUUGUUUCGGAGAAGCGUUCUCUCUCAGUUCUCAAAAUUGGUGGUUGCUCCAGUCUUGGUUUUCUUGAUCUAAGCUCUUCAAGCCUGUCGGUUCUUUGGCUAUCAGACCUUUGCUCCCUUUCAAAAUCGGUCAUAAACUGCUCUAAUAUGAGCGAGCUCUCACUGUGUUUCACACAGCAAAGUAACGAUUGUACUGAUCUGGUUGCUUUGAUGGAUGGCCUGGGUCGUAUGUGCCCUAACUUAAGAAAUAUGCACAUAUCAUCAAUUCAGUUAUCUAAUGAAGCUGUGUUUGCUCUAGAGAAUGCCAACCUAAGGGGCUUGUGCAUGCUGUCAUUGAUUCUUGGUUCAAAAAUAACAGAUGCAGCUGUUGCAUCUAUUGUUCGGUCUUGUGCAAGCUUGGAUUUACUUGAUUUAAGCGGAUCUAGCAUCAGUGAUAGUGGUGUUGGGAUGAUCUGCAAAGCGUUCCCUCAUACUCUAUCAAGGCUGCUCCUUGCUCUUUGCCCAAACAUUACCACAUGUGGAAUCCAGGUCGCAACAGCACAAUUGCCUCUUCUUCAGCUCAUGGACUGUGGAAUGAGUUUACGUUCCAACUCACAGAAUGAAAAACAGGGGGCUUAUUUUGGGGAAAUCAAUGGAAGGAUUAGAUUGUGCCCAAAACUACCCACUUUGAAAAAGCAACCAAUGCGACAAAAGCUUAUUAUAAAACAUGAUAAUUUGAAGAAGCUCAGUCUAUGGGGCUGUUCAGCUAUUGAUGCUUUGUAUGUGAAAUGUCCAGAGUUGAAUGAUCUCAAUCUCAACUCUUGUACAAAUCUACAUCCAGAGCGGUUGCUUCUUCAGUGCCCAAAUUUAAAGAAUGUGCAUGCAUUUGGGUGCCAAGAUAUGUUGAUUGGUGCAAUCAGAAACCAGAAACUGAUAAACCGAAAGAAUCUAAUGAAGCAAUGUGUAUCAACUGGAGUCUAGCAAGGAGUAAGCACUAAGCAGUGAAGCUGAAGGUGUAUAUGUUUGUCUACAGGCCCAAACAACAGAUACAUGAAGGUUACUAAUAGCAGGGGUGGAGCUUAUGGCCUAUGGGGGAGGGAAGUGAGGGUGGCUGCCAUGCCCCAGGCAUGAGUAUACAAUUCCUGUCCCUAGUUCCUUCACAGUAAACAAUGGUGUUGUGCUGCCAUUGACAAGCCGUGAGUUAGAAGCUGUCUCAGGAGGAAGUGGUCUAAUUUAUGGAGUUGGCAUCCAUUCGGACUGUGUGGACGUGACGCAUAUCAGGGCCAGCUACACUUUUGAUGGCGUGAAGUUGUUAAAUUUUAAAUGUGAUAUAUUUGGUUGCUUUUGUCAGUUCUUGAGAAUUUAGAAUUGAGCAGUCGUACUGUAGCAUGCAGAGAAACUUUUGGUGGUAGACUCUGAAAAGUUUGUAGUUAUAGUAUGAUGCUGUUAGCAAGCAAUAUUUUUUGAGACAGCAUAAUGUUAAAGCAGUUGGCAACCGGUUUAUUCAAGCUUGAUGUAUGUUACUGUAUACUUAACACAAGCACGAAGCAGAGUAUAAUUUGGAAAUUUGAAAA